AUACACGCUAGCCCCUCGGUAUCUCACCUUUUCUUUGCUGAUGAUAGUCUUUUCUUUUGUAAGGUGGAGCCCCGUGAAUGUGAAGAAGUUAUGAAAGUAGUCAGGACAUACGGGAAAGCAUCAGGUCAAUGCAUCAAUUUCGAUAAAUCCUCUUUACUCUUUGGUAAAAGGAUUCCAGCGAACGAUCGACAGCAGAUCAAAGAUACACUUGAUAUUCAGAAUGAAGGAGGAAUGGAUUCCUACUUAGGAAUCCCAGAGGAUAUUAGUGGAUCGAAGUGUAAGCUAUUUGCUUUCUUAAAAGAAAAGUUACUACACAGAGUGAAUGGUUGGACUGGUAGAUGGCUGUCAAAAGGAGGAAAAGAAGUCCUCAUCAAAUCUAUAUUGCUAGCUCUUCCGACUUAUGUCAUGUCCAGUUUCCUACUUCCCUUGGAAAUAUGUGAAAACCUAGCAAGUGCCAUUGCACAGUUCUGAUGGAGUUCGAAUCCGCCAAAGAGAGGAAUUCACUGGGCAAAAUGGGAGAAAAUGUGUGCGCCUAGAGAGGAGGGAGGAAUUGGUUUUCGUUUGAUCCAUGAAUUCAAUCUAGCUCUUCUGGCUAAACAGCUCUGGCGGCUUGUUCAAUUUCCAGAUUCAUUAGUGGCGAAAGUUCUUCGGUGGAAGUAUUACCGUCUAAGUUCGCCUUUGCGAACUGGCGCUGUGGAUACACCAUCGUAUAUUUGGACGAGUAUUAUAGCGGCGAUGAAGCUACUACUUUUGGGUAUUAGGAGCAAGGUGCAUUCAGGAUAUGAAAUUAAUGUGUGGGAGGAACCUUGGAUUCCUUCAAUGCCAGCAAGGCCAGCUCGAGCAAGAGUCCCAGUUGUAAACCCCAAAAUGACUGUCAGUAGUCUUAUUGAUUUUGAGUCAAAGAAUUGGGAUGUAGGUUUGCUGGAACAAUAUGUGGAUCAAGAAGACAUUCCAAUGAUUCGAAGCAUGGCCAUAAGUCAUACUCACCGACGGGAUACUUUUUGUUGGAGCUAUACCAAAAAUGGUCAGUAUACGGUUAAGUCUGGAUAUUGGGUUGCUACAAAUGUGAUGAGAACGGAGGAGGCUUUAGAAUUUAUACAUCCCAGUAUAACUAAACUCCAAGCCUUUGCUUGGACAGUGAAUGCGCCACAAAAAAUUUGCCACCUUAUAUGGCAAUUAAUCUCUGGACAAGUAGCGGUAACAAGGAAUCUGAUACGUCGUAACAUGCGAUGUGAUAACUACUGCCCGAGAUGUGGAGAGCCAGAGGAAACUGUUACUCAUGCGAUCUUUGAAUGCCCACCAGCCUUACAAGCAUGGACAUUAUCAUCUACACCAUCGAGCUCUCAAAUCUUUCAUGUAUCAAGUGUUUACGCUAACAUGGAUUAUCUGUUCUGAAGGAAGAAUAACAUAAUGAAGCCGGAAGAUGAUAGGGAUCCUUAUCCUUGGAUAAUUUGGUACAUCUGGAAAGCCAGGAAUGAUAAGUUUUCAGAGGCAUAGAUAGAGACCCAUUGGAAUUAGUAAGGUAUGCAGAGAGUGAGUGCCAAGCUUGACACAAUGCGAAGGAAAUUAUAUCUGCUCCUCUACAGGGACAACCUGAAGAAGAAACACAGGCCUUAAGCUUGGGUGAUAUCUGUAUGGUGGAUGGUUCGUGGACCUCCACAGCUCAGUUUAGUGGAAUGGGAUGGGUCAGGAAGGAUAGCACCAGAAAAAUUCAACUUAUGGGAUCCAGGAACUUAACACGGCGCGAAACACCUUUACACUCAGAGCUAGAAGCGCUAAGAUGGGCAAUGGAGAGCAUAAUACAACAUUCGACCUGUCAGAGAUUUGGGACGGACUGCAAAUACCUGAUUGCAAUGAUACAAAAACCACAACUGUGGCCCAACUUCUCAACUGAGCUGGAAAUCAUUCAAACCAUCCGUUUAUGUUUUUCGGACUUCAAGAUCAUCUAUCUACCAAGGACGCAAAAUGAGACUGCAGAUUCGUUAGCUAGGAAUGCACGUUCUUUUCAUAGAUCUAUAUGUUUUAUUGGUUGUUCUAUUCCAGUCUGGUUACCCAGACCACCUCAAGUUUGAGUAAUAGAAUAGCCGUUUGCUGCAAAAAAAAAAAAAAAAAAAAAAUAACAUACUUUAUGGUUGUGGUGUCUUUUCAGGUUACAAAAUUCCUAAAUUACCCUAACCAGAAUGAGUAGGUUCCAUUUGUUAAAUCACUUUGAGACUCCGUUUCCUUUUUGCUUUCUCUUCUCCUCUCUCAUCUUUUUUUUUUCUAUUCAUCUUCUUCUCAUCUUCAUCACUGAAAAAAACAAAGACAUAGUAAGUAUCAACCCCAUAAUUGCUAUGUACACAUGUAAUCCACAUGCACAUCUUCGAAAUUCUAUCCACAUGUACACAAGAUCACACUACGUGUACACCAUGUAAACCUUGAAAUCUAGAACAUGAAACAUGAGUUAUGUUUUAAAUAUGUAAUCAUGUAUCGUAUUGAAUCAAAUUUUGAUAUCAUUCUUCCAAUCUAGAGCAGUAAAUAAGACGUACAAUAAAACAUAUGUUCAUUCUCUAUUUUCUUUUUUAUUUUAGUUACAACUCCUGACUAAAAUCACAAACCAAUGGGUCAAAAAACAAAAAUUACCAGAUCUAAAUCCACUGAAAUUACAGAAAUUUUGGGAUCAACAUUCAAAAUGACAAAAAGUUCACCUAUUUCUUCAUAUCACUUUUCCUCUUAGAUACGAUGGAAGAGAGAAGCCUCGAUCUAGUACUCCGUAUUCCGGCUGAGUGGUGAUUUACGGUGAGGUUAUGGUAUCUCCGACAAGCACUAGUCAAUCUUCACCACCGAAAAUGAUUUCUCCCAAUUUUUAGGAGAUUAGGGUUUCAUCUGAAUUCAUGGGAUUCAUUAUCAAAUCGAAGCUAACCACUUGAGAUUGUGGUAAAUAUGAGGCUGAGAAUUCUUAAUUUCCAGACAAUGGAAGUAGACUAGGCAGAAGUUCCUCUGAUUUAAGUGAUUUUAAUGAGUAAAGAGUUAAUUUUUUCUUCGUUGGGAGAAAGAAUAGAGAAUUGAAAUUGUAACAAAAAAGAAAGAAAAAAAGAUUGGUGUCCAGGACAGAAUGAUCAUUCCACACUGAAAAACUACCCUAGUAGCUGAAACGGUCUUCAAAUGUAAUAUAAACUCAUAAAGUGAUCCUAGAUGAAAAUAACUCACGAAAACAUAAACUGAUCUUUGGUUAACUAUGGACGAGAAAGCGAUGUUAGCGGGUUCAAAUUAAUAUGAAAGCAUUAUUGUUGUCUUAUUAAACUAAGAAACUUAUUCACCUGCAGAACUAACAUAAAAUUAAUACUGCAAUUGUGAAAAUGGACUAAAGUGGCUUUCAAGUUUCAAGGAUAUGUGUUUGUAAAUAAGUAAGGCAGAGAGAUUAGUGUAAAUGGAAGGGUAUUAAUGUAAUAUAACAUGAGCGGAAUGACUGUGCCACUUAAAAAGGAAGUGCUCUGUUCCUCUGCUCUCUCUCUCUCUAACCUCAUUUCUCUGAUCCGUAGGCUCUUCGUAUCCAUGAAGGCUGCUUAAAAACCCUAACAGAUUUUCUUCCAAACGGAGAUCAUUGAUCCACUAGUAAAGAAGCAAUCAUCUCUGUAUCUUCUUCUAACGAGAAGAAAUCGAUCAAUAGCCUUUUCUUACUCCAGCUUUAGAGACGAGCUGAUCCUGUGAUUGAAAAUGGAAACGCUAAUCUUAGCUGCAGAACAUGGGAAGAAAACUGUUGGACGACAUAGUGAUGGUUUUAGAUCGAAAACUUUCAGGCAAAUCAAUUGCAGAACAUUCCAUUAUGGAUAUGGAGUGGGUUUGCUUCCAAGGCCAAAGAGAACCUCUUUAACCAAAGGACCUCUUCCUCAGGCUCCUUGCGGUAGAGGCUCUCAGAUCCGUUGUGAGUUUGUUGAGAAAAGGAGAAGCCUUUCUUACUCUGAGCUUUGGGCAGGUCCUACUUACUCCAACUCUCCUCCACCUACUUCUCUCCCCAUUCCUAAGUUCUCUCUCAGGCAAAAGAGUACCGUUUCUUUGAGCUUCCCACCUCCCCAAGCUGCCAAGUCUGCGCCUGUUUCUCCAACCUCAUCUGCUGAUAACCCUUUUCACACUACUGUCUCUGCCACUGUGACACUGCGUCGCAUGCUCAACCUUGACCAUGAAUGAGAAUAUCACGAGUCUUUAGGUGGGGCAACAGGGGUUAGUUUUAGUUUUCUGCAAUACAUAAAUAAGUAGCUGGUUUGAUUUUGUGUACUAGCGUCUGAUGGUGGUGGUAAAGGAACAACGUGGAAGCAGUCAAGUCUUCACAGCAGAGUUGGUCAGUUGUUACUGGAUCUCCUAUCCUAUCCUAUCCUUGGUGGAGCAGAUUGCUAUAGUGAGUAGAAACACUCAGGAAGCGGAUUCUUGGUUUAGCAUUUAGGAUGGCUAGCUAGAAAUUCACCAGUCUCUAUCUAACAUAUAUACCCUGGGUUGGUGAAUGCUAAGUUCAUGGGGCAUUUCCUCUUUUCCCUUUCUAUAGGUUUCUCUUUUAGAGUCUUGGCUUCUUUUCUUAAGUGGGUUAGUUAGCAAUUAGGUUCCUGUCUCUAUUCUUCCAAGUUGCAAUGGUCUUAAUCUUACCCUUCCUGCUUUGUCUCCCUCCUUGUUCAUAUCUUUUCUUUUCAUCCUUUUGAGUCUUCUUUUCUUUCGUUUAUGUCCAGCCUUAAAUCCUUGCUACUUGUGUUUAGUGGUCUUCCUCUUCAACCCUUUCCUGAUUUUUUUUUGUAAAAGGAAGAAGGGCAUGGGAAGCUCUUUCUUGUGACCAACCCUCUUGAACUGUCUCUAGUCUACUGGUAAAUAUUCAUCCAAAUGUUUCUGGCGAUACUUCUUCUGAAGACAAAAGACAUUCCUCAGGUUCUUCUUGAUACCGGUCUUACCUAGACUACUUUAAAAGUUUCCUUGGAGUUUCGUGAUCCUGCCUAAUCUGCUCUCACCAGGGGCUUAUAGAAGCUGCUGCUCCGCUCUGCUCUGUUGUUGAUGCUUUUGAUCAUAGUUCCUUUGUCUCUACUAUCUUUUGGUUUUCUUGUAUUGGUUAGGUGUCUCAGUGUUUGGACCUCUGCUUUCCAAAAACACAUAUGUUUCUCCUUGUCUUUGUGUAAAGUUUGUGGUAGUGUUGUAGGCAUUUUGGUAUCUGGUACUGAGUUUUAAUGGUGAAGGAGCUGUAUCCCUUGUUCCCUAUAAGUAUUAUUAUCAAAGAUUGUCGAUAAA